AUGGCGGCAAAUAGCAGCAUGCGUAGGAAUACUGUUGUCGCGCCACCGAGCCUUCACCCGCGCACGUCGUCGCAUUCCACUCAAACACCCGAACCCUCGCCCACAGACUCGAUGCCCGCGCAAUUGGGCUCUAAUAUGCCUUCCAUCUCCACCACAAAGCCGAAUGGCGCUCCGGCAUUGCUCAGGAAGCAGUCGUCGCCUAUGAUGCCUCCUUUCAUGGUUUCCGCACCAGGCAAGGUCAUCGUCUACGGAGAACACGCGGUAGUACAUGGCAAGGCUGCUAUCGCCGCCGCCAUAUCGCUCCGAUCCUAUCUCCACGUCUCGUUUCUCUCCAAAUCGAAUCGGACCGUUAAGCUGCGCUUCCCCGACAUACAGAUGGAGCAUACCUGGAACAUCGACGACCUGCCCUGGGACAGCUUCUCUAAAUCAGGCAAGAAGAAGUACUACUACGACCUCGUCACGUCUCUGGAUCCCGACCUUAUGGCCGCCAUACAACCCUUUAUCGAUGAAGUCUCGCCAAAAGCCCCCGAGUCGAUACGCAAGAUCCACCAUGCCUCUGCAUGUUCUUUCCUAUACCUCUUCCUUUCUCUCGCAUCCCGCAAAGUGCCCCCGUGUGUUUAUACUUUACGAUCUACAAUUCCCAUUGGUGCAGGCCUGGGCAGCAGCGCCAGUAUAUCCGUCUGUUUGAGUACGGCAAUGCUUCUGCAGAUACGUGCACUCAGCGGACCCCAUCAGGAUCAGCCGCCACAAGAAUGCGAGCUCAACAUUGAGCGCAUAAACCGAUGGGCGUUCGUCGGCGAGAUGUGCAUACACGGAAAUCCCUCAGGCGUCGACAAUACCGUCUCCUCAGGUGGUAAAGCAGUCUUGUUCCAGCGAAGGGAUUACGACAAGCCACCUCUAGUCAUACCGCUGCAUAGCUUUCCUGAGCUUCCACUGCUGCUUGUCAACACACGACAAUCUCGCAGCACGGCCACCGAAGUCGCCAAGGUCGCCAACCUACGCAACGUGCACCCCGCCCUCACAGAGAACAUCCUCAAUGCCAUCGGCUUAGUGACCGAAUCUGCACACAAACUACUCACAUCACCAGACUUCGACGCAACCUCCCCCGACGCACUCAAACACCUCGGCGAACUCGUCACGAUAAACCAUGGUCUACUCGUCUCAUUAGGCGUCUCACAUCCCAAACUCGAGCGUAUCCGCGAAAUCAUCGACCACACUGGUAUCGGGUGGACAAAGCUCACAGGCGCGGGAGGCGGAGGAUGCGCCAUUACUAUCCUCAAGCCCCAGCCCCCAGCGCUGACCAACGGCCACGCAAAUGGUCUACACCACGAUAUCUCAUCUGACGAAUCUGACACGUCUGAUGAAGCGGAUAUCGACUGUGGCGCAUCCAUAAUAUCUAAUGGUACAAAGCUGAAAUACAAGAUUCUUGACUCCCUCGAGGUAAAGCUGGAGAAUGAAGGCUUUGAGAAGUUUGAAACGACGCUUGCUGGUGACGGCGUGGGUGUGCUUUGGCCUGCAGUACUACACAAUGGCAAUGAAGAGGAAGGUGGGGAGGAGAUUGACCAAGAAAAGUUUCUUCGGGCUGAGGGCACUAUCGGCAUUGAAAGACUGGUCGGAGUGUCGAGUUCGAGACGGAAGGGUGUUCGAGAAGUCAGAGAAGGGUGGAAAUUCUGGAGGCCCUGGGAGGUUCCUGAGCGGUAA